AUGCACAUGCUUAAGUUGAAGAAUCCUGACUCGGUAAGUUAUGUUGAAGUGGAUGCGGCAAAGAGAUUUAAGUAUCUAUUUUUCGCAUUUGGAGCUUCCAUAGAAGGGUUCGUAGCGAUGAGGAAAGUUAUCAUUGUGGAUGGAACACAUCUUAAGCAUGUUUAUGGUGGAGUUCUGCUUGUUGCGACGGCUCAAGAUCCUGAUCGUCACCAUUACCCUAUUGCAUUUGGUGUAGUUGAUGUGAUAUCAGAUGUAGACGGAUUGAUGUUUCUUUCGGAUAGAAAUGCGAGCUUGAUCAAUUCACGUCAGGUGUUCCCAACGGCCGCACAUGGGUAUUGUGUCUGGCAUUUGUCUCAAAAUGUCAAAGGACAUGUAUUCAACAACAGAGAUGUUUGUGCAAUCAAGUUUAGAGAAUGCGCAUAUGCUUAUACAGUGGCUGAGUUCGAUGUUCUCUAUGAUGCUUUUUCCAGAAAGUAUCCUUCUGCUGCCGAGUAUCUGGAAAAGAGUGUUGAAGUGGGAAAAUGGGCAAAAUAUUACUUUGAAGGAGACAUAUACAAUGUUGACACAACCAAUGCAGCAGAAUCUAUCAAUGGUGUUCUUCGGGAAGCGAGGAAAUACUUCAUGCUACCGAUGAUUGAUGUUAUCAUUAAGAAAAUGGCUGAAUGGUUUAACAAACAUAGGAAGAAGGCAGCCCAAAUACCAGCCACGAAGAAGCUUGUGCCUACAGUAGAAACCCAGUUGUCCAAAAGAUCUUUGGAAGCGAGGUGUUUAGAUGUGGUUGAGAUAAACAGCUUUCACCUUGAAUACAAUGUCAAUGGUAGUGACGGAAAGGUUUAUACGGUUGAUUUGGCAAGAAAAAUGUGCAGCUGCAGGUGCUUUGAUAUAGACAAAAUCCUGUGUGUUCAUGCAUGUGCUGCUGCCAAGUUCUUGAGCAUUGGAACGGACCUCCAUCUACAAGACUUUUGUUCGGUAUACUAUACGGUGGAGCUUUGGGCGUUGGCAUACUGUAGGACGAUUUAUCAUGUGCCACAUCAGUCUGAAUGGGUUAUACCAGAUGAAAUUCGAGCACUCAAAGUUCUUCCUCCAUUAUAUGAUAAAAAGAAAGGACCCAUUCAGAAGCAAAGGUUUCCAUCAGCCGGAGAAUCUCUUGGACGUGGAAGAGGGCGAGGAAGGGGAAGGGGAAGAGGAAGGGGAAGAGGAAGGAGAGGCGGACGUUUGUAUGAGUAUUUUGAGUGUGGAAGUACUUCUGCAACCGCCGAGUAG